AUGUCAUUAAGAGCAGCUAAAUCAACACGCGAUAUCCUUCAACAGUUGACAUCAGGCCCAGGUGCUGCUAAAUUACCUUCGAGCAUCACCAAAAUCUCACUUACAUUGGCCAUCAAGGGUCAAAACGAAAGUGCAGGAGCAAAACACUUUUUACAUGAAAACUUGCCUCGUAUUCAAUACAACAAUCCCCAUGUCGAAUACAUGGUCAACAAAUCCUUAGAUGCUUCUACGAAGCCUACUGUUUCUAUUCAUUAUGCCAAUGGUACUUCCAAAGAGAUUGCUAUUCCUCGUACUCAAUCCAAUGUGAUUGUGGAUCAAGUGUUUAAUAGUUAA